AUGGUCUCCAUGCCUCCACUUCGACUUGAACGAGGUCAGUCCUCCGGUUCUUUUGCUUUUCUCGAGUCUGCUCCAUCUCCGGCGAGUCUGAUCGCAAAAAAAACGUGUCGCUACUGCGGUACUUCAGUGGGGAAGAGCAAGGGAAGGAGAAAAGAGGGCUUCGAAGAUGGUUGGAAGAGACCCCCGCUUCCCUAUGGUGCCAUCGACAAGUGGACGUGGAAUUCUGGGGCCCGAAGUCCCGACGUCCUUCUUUUCGGAUCCGAAGGCCGAACUGCUCAUUUUCACCCGGACUGGAGCAAUGGAGCUGCUGCUGUCAAAGGAACCAAGGUGCUUAAUGGAGGAAGGUAUUAUUGGGAAAUUCGAGUGUCUCAGAGGAUCUUUGGAACGAGCAUGAUGUUCGGUGUUGGAACUGCGAGGGCUCGAUUGCACGUGGAUGCCUUUGUAAAUCUGAUCGGAGAAGACGAGAACAGUUGGGGAUUGAGCCACAAAGGCCUGUUAUGGCACAACGGACGCUGGAGGAAUUUCACCCGUCCCUUCCCGGAGAACGUUCCAUGCCGUCUGGGGCUGUACUUCGACGGCGUGGCCGGGACGCUCACUUUCUACAAGGACGACCAGCUCCUGGGCGUGGGAUUCCGGGGUCUGGACAAGGUGAAGGAUGCCCUCUUCCCCAUGGUGGCUUCCACGGCUGCAAAGACGGAGAUGACCCUGAGCGUCUUGAAACGAGAACACACUAGUCUUCAGGACUGGUGUCGGACGGCAAUCUUGAAGGAAACGAAACGGUCUGGAUCGGACGGAACGAACGGCAUUCGGUGUCUGGAAAUCCCGACUCGACUGAAGACCUAUCUCCUCGAUUCCCUCGCUCCACCGCUUUAGCCUUUAUUUUCGUAUUCCCAGCAUGAUCUCAUUCCAUCGUGUCCCCGUGCCGCGACUUCCCCGUUUUUCACCGUGUAUAGACUUCGUCCUUGGGGACCAUAUCGCCGAUGGUUUUUGUACUCCCUAGUAUUUAUGAAAAUCUAGCAAAUCGUCUCGUGGAUUCUGCCAUCGUGCCAUAUUCCAUGUCUCUAAAGUACUUCUACUCAGAAAUACUCCAGGCCGAAAUCGUGCAAUGUCGCCGUGUAUGUAGAUACUGUACCAUGUAGCUUCUGGUCAGCAGAUCAUUCUCUAGAUUCACUCCAAGUUGAAAUUCUUCGGUUUUGGUCGCUCAGUCGUAUUCCCCGAUAUUCACCUGGAUUACUAUGUCCAGUGCGUGUCCCAUGAGCCAUGACCAUCCGGUACACACACCAGCACGAUUAUUAUCGGUAGUCCGCAGUGCACAAUGGGACUCAUUAAAGCAUAUCCGCCUCGAGGCGAGUAUUUAAUCCAGAAACGAUUACAUUCCUCGAGUGUUCCUGAUUAGCACCAAAUUAAUAUAUUCAUUCGUGUCGAAUUCAGUUCCCCCGCGGGCCUGCUGAAUUUUCCUUUACUUGUGAUAUGGGGAAGUUGGUGGGAAUGUCUUCUAUGCACUGACAUCGAUUCCAGUGAUAAUUCAUCAUGUGCAUUUAAAAGUCCAUAUUCGUGCGUGUCUUGUCUCUGCUUCAUCUCCAAUUUUUAUGGAAUGAAUUGUACCGGUAAUAAACUUUUAUUCGAA